AUGAUGGAUAAACAUUUUUCUGUAGAUCCAUCAAAUCAUGUGCUAAUUGCUUCAUUCGAAUUUAAGCCAAAAAAUAAACAGCGAGAUAUAGCAUUAAGACAAUUCAAUGCUCAACUAGAAAGUCUUUACAUAUGUAUUAGUCUUGAUUAUUUAAUGACAUUACAAGAUUUUUUUUUAUCCGGUUUACCAAUCGGUAGUAAUGUUGCUGAUAAAGACAAGUAUCUACACGUGACAAAAGAAGAUAAACAAACAUCAAAAGCAAUAACCAAUAUAUAUCCAUCAGAUCAAUCUUUGGGUGUGUCAAGAUCACCAUCAACAAUCGAUCGACAAAAGUCGCGUAACUCAGUACAAUUUUCUCUACCAAAAACACCAUCGAAAAAUGAAAAAUCUGCUGCAUCUCGUUCUCAUGGCGUCGAAGUUGAUAUUGAAACAAGAGUAGAGGUUUUCGUGAAAAAUCCAGAAAUUAUUCUACUUGAAGAUCAACAUAAGGCAGACUCAAAUUGUCUUGUACUUGAUAUGGCGGCUCAAAUGAAAAUGUUUAAUACUGGUGAUGAUACAAAAAUGUAUGUUUGGGUGAAAGACUUAACCGUUUAUAGUUCAAAUCUUGCUAAAUUAAAAAUUGCAAAUGAUAAUCUCUCGAAAAUUAGAUAUAGGAUUUUACAGCCUGCUAAAGUCGAUUUAAUUAUGAUAAGUGAUAGUUAUCAACAAAAAAUUGAUGUUCGAGUAUCCGAUAUUAUUGUUAGUAUUGCGCCAGCAGCUGUCAGAACAGUUAUCAACGUUAUAAAUUCGAUAGGAGCGUUACAGGUAUCGACAACGAAAGAAAUGGAGAAAGUGAAUGCAGUAUCCUUGUUUGAUCCAAAACCAUUUAAAGAUUCAAGUUUUUGGUUUAUCGGUCCAGAACAUAAUACAAUGGAUAUACUUCAAGCAGUCACAGGUGACUCAUCAGAACAAAAAGAAGUUAUUGAACAAGAGAAAAAAAUUAAAGAAAUAGAGGAAAAAUUGGAAUCACAGCCAACAGUAAUGGUUCAGCAACUUAUUCUUGUUUGUGAUACAAUUGAAGUCAAACUUGAAGUGGGCUUUGGUUCAUCGACAAAAUCUGUAAUAGCCAUGUGUUUAUCAAAUCUAACAGCGGAUCUUAAAAAUUGGUCAAGUGUAAUGUUAUUGUCAUCAACUGUUUCUGUUGAAAUGGCUUUAUUUAAUGAACGUAUGCUCACUUGGGAACCAUUAAUUGAACCUUAUCUUGAAUCGAAAAGUGCUACAUUGGUUUCAAAUGAUCAAAAUGAUUCAACAGCAAUACAAACAAAUGAACAAAAGUCAGAUAUUAAUCAGCCGUUACCAAGCAGUGCAAAACAAAUUAUAAUUGUUCGUGCUGAUCAGUUAUUAAGUUUAACACUGACGAAAACUGGUUUAGAUUUGUUAGAACAUCUAUCAGCUUUGUUUAACGAUGUUUAUAAUCAACGUUUACCACUGUGUGAAGAUGAACCAUUACUAUCCAUAUAUAAUGCAACUGGAGUAGAAGUGUAUUUAGACAAUUUAGAUGGACUUGAGUUUGCUGAGAUAAAAAAAAAAUCUUAUGCAUUAAAAAAUAAUGAAUCUGUUGCUUUAACUGUGCCACAUGAUCGUUUAUCAAUGGCACGUUUAUCAGUUAUUGAAGAACAAAACCAUCAUCGUAGACAAGAAUUAUCGAUUAAAAUUGGUAAUGAUGUAAAAACUGUUAGUUUAACACAUACAUGGCAACAAGUCUAUGAUAUUGGUCUAUCACCAAAUUCACAAUGGCCCGUUCAAAUGUUAUGUGACGUACAAUUGAAUAAUGACAGACGAAGAAUUGUAUUCAGUUCAAUUGUUAAAAUCUACAACAGUACAUCUGUUCCAUUAAGUAUUCUUCAUGCUGAAGCUGGCGAGAUUAAAAAUGCAAAACGUGUUACUAAAAUAGAUGUUAAUCAAGAAUAUUAUAUGCCAAUGUGGCUGUUAUAUGUUCACAGUCAUUCGCCCAUCUUUUUUGCCAUUGAUGAGGGUGGCGAUAAUGAACCUGUAAAUGAUUUUUUUUCAUUCGAUUGGACGGCUGAAUCUACUACUAAUCGAAAAUUAAAAUUAAAAAAUGGUUCAGAAGCCCAUUUUGUUAUAUAUAAAGAAGUUCAUAACGCUUAUAGUGAAAAUACUGACCAAAAUGAUAAAGAGUCAUUUAGUAUUUACGUUCACCCAGCAUUACAUUUGACAAAUUUAUUACCGCUGGAUGUUCAAUGUACAAUCAAUAUUUUAAAUUAUAGUAAACUCAAAUGGAUUAGUGAACCAAUUAAUUUACAAGAAGAACAAAAAAAUGAAGAUAUAAUCAAAUUUCAUGAUCAAUCUGGAAACACUUUAAAUAUGGCAUUACGUGUUGAAACAUUUCAUAAAUCUUAUCGAAUAUUAUUAUAUGCACCAUAUUGGAUAUUAAAUCGAACAUCGUUUGAUCUCGACUUUCAAAUUGAAAAUCAGCAAACAGACAUUCCUAAUGUUGAAACACCAUUUUUAAUAUGUCCAGAAAAAAUUGAUACCAAUUCAAAUAAAAAGGCUCAAAUUCGUGUAAGAACUGCUCAGCUUGAUCAUGCUGAUACAAAUUGGUGUGAAAAAUUUUCUCUUGAUGUUAUUAAAAGUACUGGAGUGGCCAUUUGUAAAAUACCAGAUAAUAAAACAUACAUGUUAUGUGUGGAAAUUGUGACAAGUUCAUUUGGUAUGUCAAAAAUCAUAACAUUAUCACCAUCAAUGAUUAUCAUUAAUAAUUCGACAAUUGAACUUGAAGUUAUUGAAACUGUGGAUGAUAAAGAACAAGAUAAAUGGGGUCCACUAAAUCCUGGUGGGGUUGUUCCAUUUUGGCCUCAUAGUAUGGAAAAAGGUUUAAUGCGUGUUCGUUAUACAGAACGAAAUCAUGUAUUAAGUCAACCAUUUAUAAUGAAUCAAAAACAUCGAACAUUAUUGAGAAUGGAAGAUAAGGAUCGUCCGGCAAUUAACGUUGAAGUAACAGCGACAGAUUUUAAUGGUGUUCGACUGAUAUUUAGUGAUUAUAAAAUUGGUGAUGCACCUAUAAUGAUUGUCAAUUGUCUUAAAAAUGAUUCGAUUACAUUUCAUCAAACAGAAGAGGAAAGUAAGAGUCAAGUACUUCCACCACUAAAUUAUGUUUAUUAUACAUGGGUUGAUCCAAUGAAACCCAGGUCACUUAUCUCAUCGGUACAAGGCAAUACAACAAGUUUGGAUUUAACCCCUCAAUGUGGUUUUAUUGGUGAACAUCACCAAAUAAAUUAUACAUCGUUUAUUGAUGGUGUUCAAACAGUUCUAUUAUUUGCUGAUAACACUAAUAUUAUUGAACAAGCAUCUGGUGUACUAACUUUAGCUGAAUCAAUGGGUCAACGUAUUCAAAUUGGUAUUCAUGAUAUUGGUAUAUCGAUUGUCGACGAUAUUAAACAUGAAGAAUUACUCUAUAUUAGUAUGAAUAAAUCAAAAGUGGUAUGGACUGAACAGAGAAAAAGUCGUUGGAGACCAUUUAAUUCUGAUCUAAAUCAUGCAUUAGAAGAAACAUAUAAAGUACAUCAGGAUAAGAAGAUAACCAAUCCAGAUGAUCUAGAAUUGAGAAAACAGAAAUACUCAAUAAUGGAAAAUAGACAAGUAAUAUUUAUUGACGAUAAUACAGGCGAUUUAAUAAAUCAACGUGGUCGUACGAUAAAAGUCAGACGUCAAGCCUUAGAUGGUCUAUGGAUUGAUUAUGCUUGGUCAGUAACCAAAGCGGCUUUACAUGUUCGAAUUAAUCGUGUACAAAUUGACAAUCAAUUGGAUUAUACAAUAUUUCCUGUUAUUCUAUAUCCUAUAACGUCAAAAAUAACAGAAACUGAUACAGCUGAAAAACCAUUUAUUGAGUUAAGUAUAUAUGAAACAAAAGGUGUACGUUCAAAUAUUAUGCAAUUCAAAUAUUUUAAAUUACUUAUACAAGAAUUUGCUGUUUGUGUUGAUCAAGGUCUUAUUGUAUCGAUUUUAUCAUUUAUAAAAUCUGAAAAGCCUGUUACAGCUCCCGUUAUUAACAUGGAUACAGAUUUGGAAUUAAUAAAUAAACCAUUAAGUACCAUAAUUAAAGAACAAACAAAUAGUCCAUCCGGUGAAAAGGAAAUGUAUUUUGAUCAAAUUCAUUUAUCACCAUUAAAAAUACAUGUUAGUUUUUCAAUGCAUGGUGCCAAUCCUAGCGAAGAAUUAUUAGCCGAAUAUCCAUUUGCUAGGUUUCUACUAAAAACAUUAAAUGUAGCUGAAGUACAAGAUGUUAUCUUAAGAUUAGGCUAUUAUGAACGUAAGCAGGACAGACAAACAUUUUCAAGAUUAACAUCUGAAGUGGGUAGUCAUUAUCAAAAUCAAUUUAUGAAACAAAUACAUGUCCUCGUUUUGGGGCUCGAUGUGUUAGGAAAUCCAUUUGGAGUUAUUAGGGGACUUGCUCAAGGUGUUGAAUCAUUAUUUUAUGAACCAUAUAAAGGUGCUGUCGAAGGUCCAUUUGAAUUUGCUGAAGGUGUUGUGACUGGUGUGAAAACCUUAUUUGGGUCGGCUGUUGGUGGUGCUGCAGGUGCAUUUUCAAAAAUAACGGGCGUAUUAGGAAAAGGUUUAGCUACGUUGACGUUUGAUGAAGAAUAUAAACAAAAUCGUAUUCGACGAAAAGAACCUACAAAUAACACACAAGAUAUUGCUGUUGGAGGAAAAAAUAUCGUCAUGGGUUUUCUUGAUGGUGUGACUGGAGUUGUAAAAAAACCGGUAGAAGGUGCCAAACAAGGUGGAGCAUCUGGAUUUGUUAAAGGUCUUGGAAAAGGUUUUAUUGGUCUUGUUACACGACCGACUGGUGGUAUUGUCGAUUUUGCCAGUACAUCAUUGGACAUGAUUAAACGUGCUGCAACAAAUGAAGAACUUGUACGACGUGUACGUUAUCCAAGACAUAUUGGCAAAGAUGGACUUGUACGACCUUAUAUUGCACAUGAAGCGAUGGGAUUUUAUAUUUUAAAUAGACUUGACAGUGGUAAAUACUCCAAAACUGAUACAUAUAUUGCACAUAUCAAUUGCUGUGAAGCCCCGCCGGGUUGGUUGAUGGCUACAUCAAAACGUAUUUUAUUUAUAACUGAAAUAUCAUUUUUGGGCCAAUAUCAAAUUGACUGGCAAUUUGAGUAUAGUGAUUUAAAAGACGAACCAAUCAUAAAGCCAAAUCUCCAACAAAUACAAAUAUUAAUAAAAGAAGCAAAAAAUAUGGGAACAAUAAGAACAUAUAAAACAUACGGAAAAAUGGUGAAAUAUCGAUCAGUUACGGAAGCCAAAGUCAUCGAUCAUGCUGAUUCCGAAUAUGAUCAUGAGGGUGGCCCUUAG